GAAGCUUGGGAUCGUGUGUAGAGUGCGCACGCACAGGGUGAUAGCUAGCCACGCCGCGGAAAUGGGAAGGCCGGAGCACGACGGGGCUGCGUCGCCGUUCGGGUUCGGCACGUCCCCGCCUCUCUCCGGCGCGUCGUCCCCAUCGCCGCUGCUGCCGGCACCCAACCACGGCACGACGAGGUUCGGAGGAAGGAGGAGGAACGCCGUCGUCAGGCUGAUCUGCUCGCCCUUCGCCGCCGUCUUCGGGACCGCGUGCUCCGCCGGUGCAGCUGCACACGACGUCGACCGGGCGACGAGAAGGCCGAGCCUCGAGGAGCUUCUCAGGAUGGAAGCGUCGUCGUCGGAUCUCCUCGACGUCAAGCAACCCAAGGAGCCUGCCGAGAUGGUCGACACGUACGACGACGACGACGACGAAGACUCCUGGAAGCAGAGCGCCAUCGUGGUGUUCGAUCUAGGCAAGGACGGCGACAAGAGCCGCCCGAUCAUCGAUGACGAGAAGAUCGACGCGCCACUGGCCGUCUCAGAAGAUCCGCACGGCGCCAUUACCUGCCCCGGCGACGAGAAGGAGCCCGAGGAGGAGCUCGACGCCGGCGGUGGCGGCGGCGCCAUGCUGUCCCCGAAGGCGCUGGUGAACGUGGAGAGGCUGGUGGUCGUCCUGGCGUCGCUGGGGGCGCGCUCCAGGGCCCUGAAGGGCUCGUACGGCAGGCUGGCAGCCGGUCGCCGUGUCGAUGAUGGCAAGGCGGAGCUGUUCUACGACCGGCCGAUCCCGCUGGGGCGGAGGUGCCGGGUGCAGCACCUGGAGGAGUCCCCUUACCUGUGAAUGUGACUGCUUCGUUGAGGUGGCAGCGGUGGUGCUUUCGCUGUCGAGUUGUGUGUAUGUGGAAGUGGAAUUGUGGAUGACCUACUUAAACAAACUUGGGUUGGAAAGGAGAAAGAUGAUGAUGUUCACUGUCAGGUACGUUGAGGCCGGGAAAUGCUACACUUACGGACUGUUUUGGCACCGAAGGAGUUACGGACUGAAGUGUAAAUCUAUGAUUGGUUAGUGAUGGAGCCCACAACAAAAUUCAAGGGAGGUGACUGGUGAGAUUAAUAAGGAGCAGACACGUUAGCCCGUAACCUCCAUCCCGUGGCCUAUGCCCCGUAAGUGUAGGAUUAUUUGGUUGAGGCCCCGCUUAGUCGGCCAUUCUGGCCCCGAUUACCGACGUAAAAAGCGGCCUCGAAUAUUUGAAAUCAGGAGAUAAAGAAAA